CCUGCCGCAGGCUCCGACAGGCUCCGAUGCGGCCCGGCCUGGAGCUUCGGUCGGGAUCGUGCGUCGGGGGACGGGCUGAGCCAUGUGGGGCCGCUACCUGGCGGCGCGGCGGCUGCUGGGCCUUAGCCGGACUUUGAGUCAGAAAUCAUGGAGGUGGAAGAGUGGGUCUGUAAAUGAAAGAGCACUACAAUACAAGAUAGGAGAACGAAUCCAUGGGUUCACUGUAAACCAGGUAACAGCUGUUCCUGAGCUAUUCCUAACUGCAGUGAAGCUUAGUCAUGAGAACACAGGAGCCAAAUAUUUACAUGUGGCACGUGAGGACUCCAAUAAUCUAUUUAGUGUACAAUUUCGUACCACCCCGCUGGACAGUACUGGUGUUCCACAUAUCCUUGAACACACUGUGCUUUGUGGCUCUCAGAAGUAUCCUUGCAGAGAUCCUUUCUUUAAAAUGUUAAACAGAUCACUGUCCACUUUCAUGAAUGCAUUUACAGCCAGUGAUUACACACUCUACCCAUUUUCAACACAAAAUCCAAAGGAUUUUCAGAAUCUCCUGUCCGUGUAUUUGGAUGCUGCUUUUUUCCCAUGUUUGCGACAACUAGAUUUCUGGCAAGAAGGUUGGAGGUUAGAACAUGAGAAUCCAACUGAUCCUCAGACACCACUUGUCUUCAAAGGAAUUGUUUUUAAUGAAAUGAAAGGGGCAUUUACAGACAAUGAGAGGUUCUUCUCACAACACCUACAGAAUAAACUCCUUCCUGAUCACACUUAUGCUGUAAUAUCUGGUGGAGAUCCAUUAAGUAUUCCUGACCUUACAUGGGAACAACUUAAACAGUUCCAUGCCACUCAUUAUCAUCCAAGCAAUGCUAGGUUCUUCACUUAUGGUAACUUCCCAUUGGAGCAGCAUUUGAAACAAAUUCAUGAAGAAGCGCUAACUAAGUUUCAUAGAAUUGAACCAAAUACUGCCAUCCCAGUACAGCAACUCUGGGAUAAGCCUAGAGAACAUCAUGUGAAAUGUGGCUCAGAUUCAUUUGCUACAGACCCUACAAAGCAGACAACUAUUAGUGUCAGCUUCCUGUUGACAGACAUUACAGAUACUUUUGAAACUUUCACACUUAACCUGUUGUCUUCCCUGUUGGUUGGUGGACCUAAUUCCCCCUUCUACAAAGCCUUACUUGAGGCCAAUCUUGGUACAGACUUUUCUCCUGAUGUUGGGUUUAAUGGCUGCACGAGAGAGGCUUACUUCAGUGUAGGCCUACAAGGAAUUGCUGAGAAAGACAUUGAAACUGUCAAACAAAUUAUUGCUAGAACAAUAGAUGAAGUUAUUGAAAAAGGAUUUGAGGAAGAGAGGAUUGAAGCUCUACUUCACAAAAUUGAAAUCCAGAUGAAGCAUCAGUCUACAAGUUUUGGACUUGCCCUGACAUCAUACAUAGCCUCCUGCUGGAAUCAUGAAGGAGACCCUGUGGAACUUUUGAAGAUUGCAGACAAAGUGACUCAAUUCCGGCAGCACCUGAAGGAAAACCCAACAUUUCUUCAAGAAAAAGUAAAACAGUAUUUUAAGGAUAAUCCACAUAGAUUGACUAUGUCGAUGAGUCCAGAUGAAAGCUACUAUGAAAAACAAGCAAAAUUGGAAGCAGAAAAACUGAAACAAAAGGUUAAUGCUCUUUCUGAAGAAGAGAAGAAAGAAACGUAUGAAAAAGGUUUGGAAUUAAUUGCUCUUCAAAGCAAACCUCAGGAUACCUCCUGUCUCCCGGCUCUAAAAGUAUCUGACAUUGCGCCUACAAUCCCAUUCACUGAGCUGGAGAUGGCAUUUGCAGCUGAUGAAAUCCCUGUCCAGUAUUGUGCUCAGCCGACCAAUGGGAUGGUAUAUUUCAGAGCUGUUUCCAGCUUGAACACACUUCCAGAGGAACUCAAACCAUAUGUGCCACUCUUCUGCAGUGUCAUUACUAAAAUGGGCUGUGGAGCCCUUGGUUACAGAGAGCAAGCCCAGCAAAUGGAGCUAAAAACAGGUGGCAUGUCUGUCAGUCCACACAUCAUUCCAGAUGAUUCACAUCUGGAUGCGUAUGAACAGGGUGUGCUCUUUUCUUCUCUAUGCCUGGAUAGAAAUCUGCCGGACAUGAUGCAUUUAUGGAGUGAAAUCUUUAACAACCCACACUUUGAAGAAGAGGAGCAUUUUAGAGUACUCGUUAAGAUGACUGCGCAAGAGCUGUCAAAUGGAAUUCCUGAUUCUGGGCAUUUAUAUGCAUCUGUUCGAGCUAGCAAAACCCUUACACCUGCCGGAGAGUUACAAGAAAUGUUUAUUGGCAUGGAUCAGGUGAAACUGAUUAAGCGAAUUGCAGAAAUGUCUGAUAUUAAGCCAGUACUACGCAAACUACCACGCAUUAAGAAAUAUUUAUUAAACAGUGAUAACAUGAGAUGUUCAGUGAAUGCUACACCUCAACAGAUGUCACAAGCAUCUAAAGAAGUAGAAAACUUUUUAAAAGGCAUCACUAGAAGCAAAAAAGAGAGAAAACCUGUCCGCCCCCAUGUGAUUGAGAAGUCUCCAGAGCCCAUGCUUGUUGGAAGGGAAAGGCUUAAUUGUUCACAAAUCACAAGGAAACUAAUUACUGAGCCUACCUUCAAACCAUGUCAGAUGAAGACCCAUUUUCUACUUCCCUUCCCAGUGAAUUAUGUUGGAGAAUGCAUUCGAACUGUUCCCUACACAGCUCCUGACUAUGCAAGCCUUCAGAUCCUUGCACGGUUGAUGACAGCUAAAUUCUUGCAUAGGGAAAUCAGAGAGAAAGGAGGUGCUUAUGGAGGAGGUGCUACACUCAGUCAUAGUGGCAUAUUCACUUUCUAUUCAUACAGGGAUCCAAAUUCUAUAUCCACCUUUUCAACUUUUGAAAAAGCAGCUGAAUGGGCUCAGGCUGGGGAAUUUGCACAGCAAGACAUUGACGAAGCCAAGCUUGCGGUGUUCGCAGCUGUAGAUGCUCCUAUAGCUCCUUCAGACAAAGGGAUGAAUCAUUUCUUGACUGGCAUCUCCGAUGAGAUGAAGCAGAGACACCGGGAGCAGCUUUUUGCUGUCAGCAGCGAUCAUCUUAUCGAUGUGGCAAACAAAUACCUUGCAGGUGGGAAGAGCACCCGUGGACUGGCUGUACUAGGCCCAGAGAAUCCGCACAUUGCCAAAGAUCCAUCCUGGGUCAAACGAUAAUAUUUAUCAUCAUUGAUAACGUUUGUACUGAAAAUGGCUUAAAAGAAAUAAAACAAGCCAAUUCAUAAGUGACUAAGGCACAUUAGAAUUUUUAAUUUUCCUGCUAAGGUCCUAGUGAAAGGUCAUUACAACUUCUAUAUUCUACAUGCAGCAAGCCACUCAGAUGUCUUUCCUCAAAGAAAUUAACUCUGCCAAAGGAGGUUCAUCUCUACAACUGCAUUAUAUUUAAGAAUGAAAACUAUUUGUUCAUCUAUGGCUAAAGCAACUCUUCAGUUCCUCCAUAAGUAUUAACUGCGGUGGCACAAAAAUAUGGAUUUUAAUAACUUCUAAAUAUACACACUUUUUAAAAAACAAGCUAAGACUUGAAUUUUAAAAUGUGUUUUAGCUUAAAUCAUGUUUUCUUAAUAUCUGUAUUUUUAAACCUCUACUAUUGGGCAUGAACAGAUUUAUGUUACAC